AUGGGCUUCAUACUAAGGCCCAUAAAUACUCAACACGCGUCUGUUGCGGGGCCAGACGACGACCAGAGACUUGCAGCAGUAGACUCUCCAAGUCUUUGCUAUAUGUGGGCAGUUUCUCAAGGUGAAAGAGGAGAGUUCGGCUUCAAUGGUUACUUAUACGACAGCUAUGGAACUGCCAAUCUUGACUCCAAUGGCUUAUUGAAGCUUACAAACUACACAGUACAAAAAACAGGUCAAGUCUUUUACAACUUCCCUGUUCGGUUCAAGGACUCACCAAACGGUACCGUUUCGUCCUUCUCCACUACUUUUGUUUUCGCUAUAGUCUCUCAAAUUCCAAUACUUAGUGGCCACGGAAUCGCUUUUGCCAUUUGUCCUACCAAAGGCUUGCCCUAUAGCACUUCCGCACAGUAUCUAGGGCUCUUUAAUAUUACAAGCAAUGGAGAUCCCUCAAAUCAUGUUGUGGCAGUUGAGUUUGAUACAAUCCGUAGUAGUGAAUUCAAUGACAUGGAUGAUAACCAUGUUGGUAUCGACAUCAACAGCUUAAGAUCAGAGAAAGCAGCUUCAGCAGGCUAUUACAAAGAAGAUGGUACUUUCGAAGACAUAAAGCUUAUAAGUAGGAAACCGAUACAAGCCUGGGUUGAAUAUGAUUCAUCAAGGAAACAACUCAACAUCACUCUGCAUCCUCUUCAUGUCACUAAGCCAAAGACUCCACUGCUUUCUCUGACCAAAGAUCUAUCACCAUAUCUCCUGGAUUCCAUGUACGUUGGCUUCACUUCAUCCACAGGCUCUGUUCUCUCAUCUCAUUAUAUUCUUGGUUGGACCUUCAUGCUUAAUGGCAAAGCUUCAGACAUAGACCCAUCUCGUCUUCCAAAAGUUCCUGAUGACUAUCAGCAAGACUCUCGUAGUAGUUUUAGAAAGAUCUUGGCUAUCAGUUUGAGUAUGACCGGCCUUGCAGUCCUCUUCUUCUUGACCAUAAGUUUCAUGCUCUUCUUGAAAAGAAAGAAGUUAAUGGAAGUUCUUGAAGACUGGGAGGUUCAGUUUGGUCCACAUAGGUUUGCUUACAAGGAUCUCUACAUUGCCACAAAGGGUUUCAAGAACAGUGAGAUUCUUGGUAAAGGAGGGUUUGGAAAAGUCUACAAAGUGGUUGAUGAGAGGGUUAAGCAUGAUGAUAAGUACCUUGAGGAGCAAGUAACAAUGGUUCUUAAGCUCGGCUUGCUCUGUUCGCAUCCGGUUGCUGCCAUGAGACCGAGCAUGUCCAGCGUCAUCCAGUUCUUGGACGGUGUGGCUCAACUACCUCAUAACUUGCUUGACAUUGUGAAAGCUCGAGAAAUCGUUGGAGAAGCAACCGAGUCUCUUGCGCAGCCUAGUUCGAUCGCUACGGUUACAUUCACGGAGUCAUUUGCAUCACACGGGCGCUAA